AUGAAGGUCUCGGUGUUCCUGUCUCUCCUCCUCGCAGUGGCUGCCUUCAGCUCCCAGAUGCUUGCUCAGCCAGAUGCACUCAGCAGCCCAACUACUUGCUGCUUCACAUUUCCAAGUAGGAAGAUCCCCCUACAGAUGCUGAGGAGCUAUCGAAACACCACCAGCCACUGUUCCCAGAAAGCCGUCAUCUUCAGAACCAAACGGGCCAAGGAGAUCUGUGCCAACCCAAAGGAAAAGUGGGUCCAGAGUCACAUGAAACACUUAGAGCAAAUGUCCCCCCUCCUGACAGUGUGA